GGAUUUUGUGUAUUUGGUUGCUCAAACUAUGCUUACUGACAUUGCAGAAGUGGGAGUUUAUUGAAUAGUUAGUCCAGACUUGGGUAGUACUAGCUAUACUCCCUUGUGAAAAUCGCUCAAGUAAAACUGAGGUGAAUUUGAAAUGGGUGAGUCUUGCAUUCCUACUGUCGAUCUCUCACCUUGCUUCCGAGAAGAUGAUGAGGAUGGCAUGAAGAAAGCCAAAGAAAUUAUUGGUCAAGCUUGUUCCGAGUAUGGAUUCUUCCAAGUGGUGAAUCAUGGUGUACCUCUUGGUUUGAUGACGCGAGCCAUCGAGCUUUCCAAAACAUUUUUCGAGACGUUGCCGAAUGAGGAGAAGCUCAAAUGUGUUCCUAAUUCUGGUGCUCCCCUUCCGGCUGGUUAUAACAGGCAACCAGAUCAAUCGCCAGACAAGAACGAGUAUUUAUUGAUGUUUCCACCAGGCUCUAACUUGAAUGUUUACCCACAAAACCCUCCUCAUUUUAGGGAGGUAUUGGAACAGAUAUUCGCUUACUUUACAAGGCUAGGUGUGCUUAUAGAGAGCAUAUUAAGCCAGUGUUUAGGUCUCCCUUCCAACUUCCUCAAGGAAUUCAAUCACGACAGGAGCUGGGAUUUAUUGGUAGCCUUGCAUUAUUUCCCUGCAACCGAAACUGAAAACAGCGGAAACUCUGAGCACGAAGACGGGAAUUGCAUCACUUUUGUUUUCCAGGAUGAAGCUGGAGGCUUAGAAGUUCGCAGAAAUGGGGAAUGGAUUCCAGUCAUUCCUACGAGGGGCUCAUUAGUCGUCAACGUUGGCGAUGUUAUUCAGGUAUUGAGCAACAAUAAUUUCAAGAGCGCAACGCACAGGGUGGUGAGACCGAAAUCCAAAAGCCGAUAUUCAUACGCCUUCUUUUAUAACUUGCACGGAGACAAGUGGGUGGAGCCACUGCAGCAGUUUACGAAAGACAUCGGAGAGGCACCCAAGUAUAGAGGUUUCCUGUACAAAGAGUACCAGGAGCUGAGAAUGAGAAACAAGACCCAUCCACCGUCGACGCCUGAAGACGUGAUUCGCAUAACCCAUUAUGCACUCAAUACCUCUUAAUUAGCCUACAAUAUUCUCUUUAAAUUGGUGUAUGAAUUUCCUAAACAAGAAUCCUUCAACAGCUCCUCCUUUCCUGUUUCUGUUACUAUUACAGUACUUCUGUCAAUCCUUUUGGUUGCUUGAUAA